AUGACCAAGUUGUUCCAGCACAUCCUAGCUUUGCUGUUUGCCAUCAGUGAGAUCAACGAGAAUCCAAAGAUCUUGCCCAAUAUCACCCUUGGCUUCCACAUUUAUGACAGCUACAAUGAUGAGGGAUUGGUCUAUCAUUCCAUCCUAGAUUUGCUUUUCAGAUCCCAUAGGCUUGUCCCCCGCUACAAAUGCAACACUCCAAAAUUGCCGAUAGCCAUUAUCGGGGGACUUGGAGCUGAUAUCUCCUUCCAUAUGGCGGACAUCUUAGGCCAAUAUAAGAUUCCACAGCUGAUUUAUGGGUCAUUUGCCCCAGGAGACAGGGAUACAACAGAGUUCCAUCUCUUUUACCGCAUGGCCCCAAAUGAAGACUAUCAGCAGAUGGGGAUUGUCCAAUUACUUCAGUAUUUCAGCUGGACAUGGGUUGGGCUUUUUGCCAUGGAUGAUGAUGAAGGAGAGCAUUUCUUACAGGUCUUGGAGCCGUUGUUUUCCAAGAAUGGAAUUUGUUCUGCCUUCACAGAAAGAAUCACAAGACAAACUCAUUUGCAUCCUGUAAAUGAAAUUAACGAUAUAGCUUCAAAUAUUUACAGGCGUUUCACAGAUAGCAAAACCAGUGUAUUUAUCAUCUAUGGACAUUCCAGGACUAUUUUAUGGAUAAGCACAUUUAUGUUUCUAGGAUUUCCUGAAAACGUGGCUAUUGGAAAGGUGUGGGUUAUGACAGCCCAAGUUGAUAUAACAUUGACAAGCUUUCAAAAUGGCUUUAAUCUUCACAUUUUUGAUGGCACUAUUUCCUUCACCAUUCAUUCAAAAGAACUUCUUGGUUACCAAGACUUUGUUUGGCUCAUAAAGCCAUCCUGGACAAAAGAACAUGGCUUUCUUGAAGACUUCUGGGUUCAAGCAUUUAACUGUUUAUAUCCAAAUCCCCAGGAGCUAAUGAGCAAUAAUGAAUCAUGUACUGGAGAGGAGAGGCUAGAGAGCCUACCUGGUUCAUUUUUUGAAAUGCGCAUGACUGGUCACAGCUAUAGCAUCUACAAUGCUGUCUAUGCUGUGGCGCAUGCUUUACAUAUCAUGUUCUUUUCUAGAUCAAUCAACAAAUGGGGAAACAGAAUUGCCAUUCUAGAUCCCCAGCCGUGGCAGGUACUGCCCAUUUCCACAUGUAACAACAAAUGCCGCUUGGGUCAUGUGAAGAAAAGAAAAGAAGGGGAGAAAUUUUGCUGCUACGAUUGUGUUCCAUGUCCUGAUGGAAAGGUCUCAAAACAAGAGGAUGUGACUGAAUGUAUCCGAUGCCCAGAAGAUCAAUAUCCAAACAAGGACAAGGAUUGCUGCAUCACCAAAAUGAUAAGCUUUAUGUCCUAUGAAGAACCUUUAGGAAUCAGUUUGGCUUCAGCUUCUCUUUCAUUUUCCAUGAUAACAGUUUUAAUGCUAGGAACUUUUAUUAAGCACAGAGAUACCCCCAUUGUCAAAGCCAACAACCGAGAUGUUACCUAUGCUCUCCUCAUCUUUCUCCUGCUUUGCUUCCUCUGUCCUUUCCUCUUCCUUGGAAGACCAAGCAAGCUGACCUGCUUCCUCCGACAAUCAGCUUUUGGCAUCAUCUUCUCUGUCGCUGUUUCUUGUGUGUUGGCCAAGACCAUCACUGUCAUCAUAGCAUUCAUGGCCACUAAACCAGGGUCUAAGAUGAGGAAAUGGGUAGGAAAAAGACUCGCCAACACCAUAGUUCUUUCCUGCUCCAUCAUUCAAUCGGGCAUUUGUACAGUAUGGCUACUGACAUCUCCUCCAUUUCCAGAUUUUGACACACAGUCAUUUAUUACAGAGAUUGUGGCUGAAUGCAAUGAAGGGUCUGCCACCAUGUUCUACAUUGUACUGGGCUACAUGGGACUUCUGUCUCUCAUGAGCUUAACUGUGGCUUUCAUAGCCAGGAAACUGCCAGAUAGUUUCAAUGAAGCCAAGUUCAUUACCUUCAGCAUGCUGAUGUUUUGCAGUGUUUGGGUGUCUUUUGUCCCAACCUACCUGAGCACCAAAGGGAAAUACAUGGUAGCUGUGGAGAUCUUCUCCAUAUUAGCUUCCAGUGCUGGGUUAUUGGGUUGUAUCUUCAUCCCCAAAUGUUAUCUUAUUCUUUUGAAGCCUGAGCUGAACACAAGGGAGCAGCUAAUGAGGAAAAACAAUUACAGAACCCCAACAUGA